CAACCACACUCACAUGGAUGCAGUUUCAUCGGUGAAGCCUGAUUGCGUGCGGAUAGAAUUCCGAUUUGGAAGGAAAAAUCUCAGAUUUUAAUUUGGAAGUGUAUCGAUUCGUUUCAAAACCGGUGCGAAGCACCCAUUGCGAAGUGAAUUGCAAUCGUUUUGCAUAACUGGAACUAUCAAAUUGCGGGUUAAGUGCAGUGAAAAAAGUUUGAAUAAGUUGUGCAAGUUGCGUUUUUUUAUCAGCUUCAUUUUCAUCGAAAGACGGCAGGCUCCUCUUCAAAGCUCGGUGAUAUGCAGUGUUGCCGGUAAUAUUGCGCUGUUGCGUAUAAAAAAAUAGUACAGUUCCGACAACACUGGCUAAACUGAAAAGGUUCUGAAAGAUCGACCAGAAGCAGGCAGAAGAAGCGGCAAACACGACAAAAACAAAGCCAAAAGGAGAGAGAUUUGCGUUGAACUUGCAACUCGCACCGUGAGAGGAUUUUUCGGAUUUUCAUUGAUGAGAGUGUUGGUACGCAACCAGAAAACAAUAAAAGAAGAAAUUCUAUGCAUCGAGUCGAGUCGCAGCAGCCAGAAGCGAAAGGAAGGAGGAACGGAGAGCGCGAGGCAUUUUACUGUGAAAAAGAAGUGAUUUUUUCAGUUUAGUGGAUUUUCGAUCGGUGCGGUGCGUUUUCGGAGCUAAUUUUCCGGAGAUAAAGAAGAGUAUAGAACGCGAAGUUCCGCCUCGAAAGUGCUCCGGCUAGCGCACGGUGGAUUUUCAUCGGAUUGGAUCGGAUAAAAGUUCCAGUGUGAAGAUCCUGGUGAAGAUAGAGAGGGCGCUGGUGGCCAAUCUUUGCUAGAAACUAGAAGGCACACAUUUUCGGCAUCCGAGAGGAUAAUGGGAAAAGUGCGAAUUUUGUGCGAUUGAAGAAGCGGACUGACUGAAAAGAAAAGCGAACUAAAAUCGAGGCAAGGAAUGCGAAGCUUCCAUUGGAAUGGUUCGUUCCACAGCGUACGGUUACCAUAGUGUAACAUUACCAGCCACCAGUUGUGAACACCAAUCGUCUUAAUCCGAGGGUUAUUCGGAAGCAGCGAGCGUCGCUCAUCGAACGUCCUUGGCUAUUGAACGGAGUUGGUUGUGUACAUCUUAUUUCAUCAGCAGAAGCAAUAGCGCUUUUGAUAGCUGAAAGGAAAGUCGAAAACAAGUACGGCGUUCAAUACGUCGCCAAGUAAAUCCAAAGUCAAAACUGCCUUCCUCCGCAUACACGCUUGUUGUGCGAGCACGUGUCGACAACGGAUGCUGUUGUAGUUAUUAUUUUAAAAGAAAUAUUUAUUUAUUUAUUUAGUUCUAUUUAUUCGCCCCUACCUUCCUCCCAUCUUCCUAUUAUUAUAACUAAGAAGCUGAACCAUUUCGGUAAUUGCUUAAAUAGAAUAGAUCCGCAAACUGGCGACUCUUAAAGUUGUUAAAGCUCGAGAAUAAGCUUAAUGUCUGCGAAGAAAAUGCAUCCGCCAGCUAUGGUACAAACGCCAAUUGGACCGAUUGCAAGCAAGUCCAAUGCAUUGGUAGUCAAUGGUGGCGGAAAAGUGACAAAGGAUCGCCAAAAUGCAGAAAACAUAGUUCCAGCAAGCCUCCAGAAUGGGCCAGGUGAGCAAGUCAACGGCAUCAAGAAACUCAGCAAUAAGGCUCCUCCGGUAGUAGCAGCCGUCAUGACACCAACAGUAGUGUCAUCUAGUCUGAUAAAGACAGUUCAGUCCCAUAUGAAUGGAUCAUCGGUGAUUUCAACAUUGAAUAGCACCAAUCGAAGGAAAAGCCAUCGGCUCAAUUCGCCCAAUCGGAAGCGGCGAGAACAGCAGAAUGUUUUCAACAGUCUGAGGUCAUGGGACGUGAAGAUUGUUCCGAGUGGGCAAACCGUAUCACAGGAAGAUCGGGGAAAAAACGAUAAACAGUCUGCUGCUCAAGGGAUUGGAAGCAGCAGCAACAGCAGCAAUGAGGCCAGCAAAGCUAACAGUGAAAGAAGCAGCAGCGCCAGCAGUAUUACAACGUCUGGCAGCAUGUCGAGUAGCGUUAGCAGCAAUACUAGCAGUAGUAGUUGUAGUAUUAGCAGUAGUAGCAGUUCUAGCAUAAGCGAUAAUAUUAAUGACAAUGGCUUAUCGAAGGGCAAGAAGCGUUUGACAGUAGCGACGAUAGUUCCUUCCAAGGAACCGUCAACCGCAAGUGUGGCCAUUGCCCAGAAUGUGAAGAAAAAGGAAGAAGCUGGUAAUCGUGUCAAUGCCAGCAAUGAAGGAAAACCGAUUCUGAACGCACCUGCAGUGCAACCGGUACUGGCGAUAAGCAACACUAAUGGCCAUUCCGCAGUUCAAGGCAAAGUCGACAGAAAGCUGCUGAACGGAAGUGGAGGCUUCAGUGCGAAUCAUCGUCAUCCGGCAGCGGUCAUUUCGCCAUCACAUUCAUCAUCCUCUGGAUCUGUCAUUCCAUCAUCGUCUUCGUCGUCGUCCACGGUUGUUGCUUCGUUACCGUCUUCAGCAUCAUCUAUUACACGUUCAUCGUUGACACCUCCUGUAAUGUCUACGUCAUCUCCGGCAGUGCUAACGAGUUCCCCAACGAAUCAUUCGAGGCAUAACUCUGGCGCCAACACGCGAGCGUCAAAUGCUGGCAAGGUGUUGCUUCCUAAUGUAAAUCCUCUGUCUGGGACCCCAUUGGAUCCGAUGACGCUGCUGCAAGGAAAACUUAGAGGCACGAUGAUUGGGCCACAGCAACAGCCUCUUCAUCACAUUUCUCAUCAUCAUUCCAAUCAUUCAAACUUACCGGGACAAAGCCACCAACAGCAGCAACACAAUGGCCAACAAAUGCAACCAACCACUCCUCCGCAUUACAGUUUGGACUUUUUACACUCCGUUGGCAUGCGAAUGUUCACCACUACCGGAACUAGUCAGACUACAAAUGCUGCAUCAUCAACAGCUGCUUCCGCGCUUUUACGUGGCAAUCCACAUUUUAACUACAACAAUUUCAAUCAACAGCUGCACCAACAACAGCAACAUUUGAUCCACCAGCAACACCAACAACAGCACCAGCAGCAACAACCAUUUCAUCAAAUGCAGAGGCAUUAUUCGAAUAUCUACAACUGCGAUGACUUGUUGCUACAGACUGGUAGUGCAGGUGAGCCAAUAUAUCCGAAUUAUCCCGUGUCGGAUCACAUGGUAGGGGGUGGUGGUGGUGGAAGUGGUGCUGGAUCCGGAGCAGUUGGCAGCAAUGCAAACGACAACGGAAUGGCUUAUUGUUAUUCGCAAAAUCAUCAACACCACCAUCAGCAACAGCACAAUCAUUCUUCGCAUCACCACCAGCAACAGCAACAGCCGCAGCAUCAUCAUCACCAUCAACAAUCAUCGUACGGCAACGGAGGCAGUUAUCACCAGAAUAACAACUACCAGCAGCAUAAUCGCAAUUACGGACGUACCGGGCCAGGCAGCAAUUUACAAAACGGUGGCGGAAAGAAAACCUGGAACAACAACUGGCACAACAGUAAGAAACCAGUCCAAGGGAAGUAUGGCAAUAAGGGAACCGGCUAUAAUCAUGGGUACCGUAAAAGUUAUCACUAUUAUCAUAACAGCCACUACGGUGGCGGAGGCCAUCAUUACGAUCAGAACCAAAACCAGCAAUCAGAAAGCUUGCGCAAUCUUAUCUAUAUCAAGGGUUACAACUAUGGCCAAGGUGCACCCGAAAGUCACGGAAGUUUUAGUCGAUCUCCCACCCCCAGUCCACAAUCGUCAAGUCCUCCCAUUGAAGCAACUGAGGCUAGCCAAACGAUUGUUCCCAACAAGACUGGGCUCCUAGAUGAACCAUCGGAUAGUGGAAUCGAGGAAACGGGUAGCACUCACAAAAAAUCGAGCACCGUUCCAAGUUCCUCAUCUUCAUCGUCCUCGAUGGUAUCCAUCCCGUCGACGGAUUCUUCUACUAUCUCGGCAUCUGCCGCGCACAACCUUAGUUUGGAAUUGCACUGUGCAAAUGGACAAGGCUACGAAUCGGACUCAUCACAUUCCUCCAGCUACAAUAGUCAUACUUACCGACAUCGGAAGUACGCAAACAGUGGCCAGGUUUAUCGCUCUUCCUCAUCCACUUCUUCAGGUGUGUCAUCAACCGCAACCUUCCCGCCACUUAAUCCGGACUAUCAUCCAUCGGUACAACCUAUGAUUGGAUCUGCCAACAACACACCAACAGCUAUGAAUGCUCAGAUAACGGAUUUCUUUUUGCGAAGUCAGAGCUAUCAUGGCUCCCAUCAAAAUCUCACAGCCGUCAGUGCCAGUACCAGUCCUCAUCCACCGAAUUCGCCCGUGAAUACUCCUCGCUCGAUCGUCGGAACGCAAUCCAUGCCAAUGUUCAGUGAGCUAUUUACCGGAAAGCAGCCACAACAUCACUCCCAGCAACAGAAGCAGCAACGAAGUCAGCCGAGCUCUCACUAUGGAAGUGACAACUCACUUGAGCUGACUCUUCCGACUGGUGGUGAAUGCUCGGGUGCGACAUCGGUUGGUUCCAAUAACAGUAGCAUCACGAGCAACUGCGGGAGUAGUGGAUAUGCUAGCGCCCCAGCGUCCACGGUGCCGCCCAACGAGAAUCACUCGAUGCAGAGCGGACAUCCGAAAAAACGCUAUUCUGGUCGCUCAUCUCCGGCUCCAUAUGUCGCUUCAGCUAAUCAGAAGCCAAACCUGCCAACUACCAGUACAUCAAGCAAUCCAACGGUUUCUUCUAGUCAACAGCUCAGUCCUAUUGCUCCAGGACGAAAAGUUCAAUCAACGGCGUGGAGCAAACCAAGCACAGCCAACGAACCACCUGUAUCUCCAACGGCCUCCGUAGCAGUUGCACCGCCACCUUUAAGUCCCGGCAUCAAUGGGUCCUUCAUGUACCCAUUCGAUGGUAUCAAUAUGCAUACGCCGGCAGAUCGGUUUUUGGCGCGGGCUCAUUUAGUCGAGCUCAGAGAACCUCCUGUGGAGCUAGCCCCCAGCGGCAGCAAGUGGGCUUCAUUAUCGACUGCCGUUUGGGACAAGUUCGCUGCAGCACAGCAGACAGAGGAGAAGUUCACACAAAAGAUUCAUCUGUGGAGGUACUUAUUCAUGUGCAUCAGGGUAGCGUUUCCUCGGCUGAGUUUGUACAUGGUUGGAAGUUCCAUUUCCGGUUUCGCUUCCGAUAGUUCCGACGUGGACAUGUGUUUGGUAUGUCGGUCAAACACCGUGCCGUUUGACAUGCGAGGAGAAGCGCUUUUUCAGUUGGGUCAACUGAAGAACUACUUCAUGAACAUAAACACGCAUUUUGAGGAGUUCAGUGUAAUCCAAGCCAAGGUGCCGAUUUUGCGAUUCCGUGAAACGGCCCACUCCACAGUGAUUGACUUGAAUUUCAACAAUUCUGUUGGCAUUCGUAACACCCAUCUGUUGUUUAUGUAUUCGCAAUUGGACUGGAGACUGCGGCCGUUGGCACUGGUUGUGAAGCUGUGGGCUCAGCAUCACAACAUUAAUGAUGCAAAGAACAUGACCAUUUCGAGCUAUUCACUCGUACUUAUGGUAAUCCAUUUCCUGCAGUAUGGUGUUAGUCCCCCAGUUUUGCCUUGUUUGCAUGCGAUGUAUCCGGAUAAAUUUGUGCGAAUGUCUGAUAUCAGCACGAUAGAUCUCAUGGAGACGAUAGACCCGUACAGUAGUGAUAACCAUUCUACGCUUGGUGAGCUCUUCGUGCAGUUCUUGGAGUAUUAUGCCAACUUUGAUUAUGCACAUUACGCUAUCUCAGUUCGGACGGCCUCGGUGAUACCUAUCGAAAGUGCACGAGUAGCACGGAGCUACAAAAACGAUCCUCAUCAUUGGCGGCAGUUGUGCAUAGAGGAGCCAUUUGAUCUGACUAAUACGGCCCGGUCGGUGUUCGAUGCGGAUAUAUUUGAACAAAUCAAGUCCGUAUUCUCGACCUGCUGGCGACGGCUAAAGGAAAACAACGAUCUCAAUUCGAUCUUCGAGUGCGAGCCACUGUUCAUACCGGUGGCUUCAGCGCUAUCCAUUACGUCAUGAUCGCUGUCAUGGGCGAUCCGAGUGUUGAAGUCGUCGUGGUCCUUGUUGUUUAACGAUUACGGCGGCAAGUUGUGGUGGUUGACUUGCGCGUUCCGAUGCAACUCACCUGAUUGCUGAUGAGAGGUGAGCUUCAUAAGACUGAAACUAUACUAUUAGAGAAGAAAAAAAACGUAAGUCCAGCUAAACUAAAAGCGUUCAAUCAACCGUUCCGAUGUGGUAAAAAGAAUGUGCGUGGGCGUGGUAAUAAUCCUCGCAAACGGAAUGAUGAGAAACUCGUAAAACCACGUCUGCACAUAUCAAAGGCAUUGGUGGCCGAUAUCCUACCCGCUAUCUAAGGGUGUGAUCAUAUGCAAAUCAGCAAUCGUAAUACAUGCUGGAACGUACUUUUGCUGCAAGCAAUGUAACUAAAAGGCAUUAACCAGACUCAAAAAAUGGCAAAAAUGUGUUCAUUUUACCGCCAGUCGAAUAGUGCGAGUGUGAUCCAUGGUAUUGAGUGUGCGCGUCUGGAAUGAACGAAUAUGAGUCACUAGAAUUUUAAGCUCAGUUCUGCGCUCCCCGAAUUAAGUACUAGUCUCUAGAAAUAGGGGAACGCUAUAUCAUGAAAUGAUCUCUUUAAUUAUUACGUUGUUCUGUGCCAUCGGUUUUUUGUUGUUCUGUACAUUUGUACGCUCGUAAAGUACGCGGAAAGUUUUUCUUUUUUUUUGUGACUGAUGAGAUGAAUCCGGAAGGAUGCUCAAUAUGAGGGGACCAAAUGGUUAAGGAAACCCAGAAAACUGCUUACAAAUGAAAAUAUUGCCCCCGCAUAAAUAGCCAAGAAGUAGCAGCCCGGAGUUACAUAUAUUUUCCCCAUUCGCUCUAUCAAAAGCUUCCUCAAUCUUGGUAGAUUUGAAUCAAAUACUCUUUCUAGCUAGUGCAGGCUUUACACAUACACAAAGAAAGCUUAAGGACUAAAAAGGAAACUGAAAGAUCCUAAGUAAUAAUAUAUAUCGAAAGUAGGAAAACGGCUAAAGAGAUACAAUAAUUCAGUGGGUGAAACAAAGACAAAGUUUGCAAACACGAAAUGAAUACACUUUUAGGGGUUCAUUUUUAAAACGAAAAACAGAUUUAUAUUAGAAAUGAAAAAAAACACGGCUGUGAAAAUUAAGAAAUUUAAAUUAUUAUUACAAAAAAGAGUGAAGCAAACUUAAAACUAAUUAAAGGUAUAUUUUUAGAUUUAAUUUAUAUGAACAAGGGAAGAUGAAGAUGAAGGUGAAUGAGAAGUAGAAAGCAGGAAGCGAUCGAGUUAGAAGAAGGCGUAGGAGCGGAUUGAAGAAAAACAAAAAAAAAAACUAAAAAAAAGUAUUAAAAGUCAAAAACAAAAAAAAGUUACAAAACAUGUAAAUCGCUUGACGAAGGCUGUCAGUUUGUGGAACGAAGCAAUCAAGAAACAAGCAGACGCAGUGAAUAGUUUGGUCUGGAAUGUACGAAUCCGGCAUUUUUUCCGUGUUCUUCAACGAAACAGCUUUCAUCAUGCGAACCAAAAAAAGCAAUAAGAAAGGUUAAAAUCUACAAAAAAAAGUCCGGAAAUUAUGCGUUUUGUUUCAAGAGACGAAUUAUAUCUCAAUUUUUGUAUAUCGUUUAAAAAUCACGGCAAGAGGCGCAGCAUUAACAGCAAGACAUAUUUUGACCGGACAGUGAACGGGACUAGACAAGUAGUAAGCACACAGAAAAUAGGAAAGAACGCUCUCGGUAAAAGCUACACUCGAUAAAAGUGGGACCAAUCGGCUUUUGUCUCAUUGUCUCGUGUUUAAAAAAUGAACUCGAAUGUUAGGAAAAUCAAUCUUUGCCAUCUUUGCUCAAGUUUUUGUUUUUUUCUUUGCGUUACACAUUUGUAAUCGUAUACUUAGAGGCAGGUUAUUUUCAUGUGUGAAGGUCAAAAAGUUUUGUAAAACAAACAAAAGUUUAAAAGCUCAACCAAACAACUGCCUUUUUCUUCUUGUCAUAAUGGCAAAGAAUUCUGCAACUGUGUUUACGGACAGCGUUCUUGCUUGUUUCUUUGUGCUUGUUUCGUACGCCAAAGUUAUUUUUUUGCAGAUUAUAGAAG